UUCAAACAUGGAUAAAAUAAAGCGCAAGUCACAGGGGCACACGAAAAAUGCGGGUGCCAGAGAGGAAGAAGAGGAGAGAGACUAGAGAUUGAGCAUAAACAUGAGUGGGAGUCGUGCUUUCUGCAAAUCUUUUCUCCUGCUUCCCUCUGUCACUUUCUCUCCACUCAGAUUCAUUUCACUUCGAAGACCCAAACCAUCAUCGAAUUUCGUUCGAAUGGCGACCGAAGCCUCCUCGUUGAAUAACAACAACGACAACAGUGCUGCAACUGCUACAGAUGGAGACGGAGGUUCUACCUCUCACUCAGCGGCACUGUCCCCCUCGAAGAAUGACUACUCCACCUCAUCUGCUUCCUCUGCUAUCGAUUUCCUCUCUCUCUGCCAUCGUCUAAAGACCACAAAAAGAACUGGAUGGGUCCGAAGGGAGAUUCAGGAUCCGGAAUCCAUAGCUGAUCACAUGUACCGAAUGGGCAUCAUGGCUCUUAUUGCUUCUGACAUUCCUGGCAUCGACCGUGACAGGUGUAUAAAAAUGGCAAUUGUUCAUGAUAUUGCUGAAGCAAUUGUUGGUGACAUCACUCCAUCGGAUGGGGUACCAAAGUUGGAAAAAAGUCGACGGGAACGAGAAGCUUUGGAUUACAUGUGCAAACAACUUGGUGGAGGGUCAAGAGCAAAUGAAAUUGGUGAGUUGUGGAUGGAAUAUGAGGAGAAUUCUUCUCCAGAAGCAAAGAUUGUUAAGGACUUUGACAAGGUCGAUGUUGGUUGGAGUAAUAAAACGGCAUCCUUGAUCGUGACAACAAUAUGUGCACCCUCCAGGCUUACCACAUGUAUACAAAAUUUAAUCUUCAUGGAUUGGUUGAGUUAAAGAAACUGAUACCUCCAGUACAACCACAAGACGUACCAAAUGCAUCAACAUAAGUGGAAGACCGUCCUAUUGUAGAACAGGUGAUGACAACAGAAAGUGAGAAUCGUGGAUCAAGUAAUGAAGGACAUCAAUGCAGUGCCAAUUGUUGACCUUCAUGAGUUUGCUUCCCCAUGAAUUUUUGGACUUAAAUGCACCUCCACAGCUACACAUCUUGGAUUUUGUUCGCAAUGCAGACAAUGAGCAGUUCACCCCCGCUCGUAUUUUUUAUUGUUAUCAUUCUUUAAAAAUCGUGCACGAGUUUUUCUGAACAUCGGGGGAGUUGAUGCAGAAUUGAGGCUGAACUAGGCUGACCCUUUGGGCAAUCUCAACCAAGACGAACCAGAUCUGAUUUGAUUUUUGGGAUCAAUAGAAUAUUUUAGGAUUUAUUUUGUUUAGGAAAUAUUGGGUUAUUUUAUUUAGGAAGAUAUGAAAUCUUUUAUUUUGGGUAGUUGUUAGUCAAUUAGGGAGUUACUAAUUUGAGUUUAUUUCAUUUCUAAUUUUAUUAGUUAGACUUGAGGAAAUAUUUAGUAGUUGUUAUUUCAGUUUUAGAUUUUAAUCAGACAAGUUUUCAUUUCAGUUUAUUAUAUAAAGGCAUGUAACCCAAGUUAUUAGACAAAUUUUGACUAAUGAAUUAAAUAUUUGGUUGAAACCUUGGUGGUUUUAUUUGGUCAGGUGACCUUAUUCCUCCCCUCCUUUUUGUGAUUCUCCUCUUCUCCCCUGCAACCCUGAGUUCUCUCAGGGAUUUCUUCCCUUUCUCUACCGGCCAGCAUCAAAUAGCAAUAUCGAAUAGAUAAUUCCAAGCACUGAUAACUCAAGAAUAUAAUAUAAUAAUCUCCAAUCUCCCCCUCAUGUGUAGCAUUACACGUGGACAAAUAAUUUCUAAUCAUCAGCAUGUCAAAGGAUGAGCAGCACAAAUAAUCUCAUAAUCAAGAGUAUCACAAAUAUAUCCCAAUAAAAGAAUCUCCAACCACCAUGUCAUGACAGAUGAGCAUCAAAUAAAAUGUCCAUCAAGAGUAGCCACAACCAAUAUCCUCCAAUAAGAGCAAUUAGACCAUCACUCCGUGUAAGUACCCAUCUCUUAAAAAAAUAUUGCACCCCAUAUUGAUGUGAUCUAGGGGCCAAAGACCCAAAAUUGGGUGUUUUGCGCCCACAAAUGGCAAAUCUGUAAUUAAUCCAUGCAAUCCUGGUGUUGAAACGAAUUAUGGGCCCACCCAAGGGUGGUAAAACUCAAUUACUAUGAAGUAGUGGCAAUCUGGUAAUUAAGCAGAAUUUUUCAUGGGGUCUAUUGGUAAAUAAAAGGGCGAAAUGGCAUGACUGUAAAUUAUUGAACUUCAAUUAUAGGCAAAGACAAAAUCAAAGGAGGGGUAAACUUGGAAGUGAAGAAAGUGGGACAUUAAUGGAAAACCAACUUAAAAGAAAGGGAUAAAGGGCAUGAUAUAAGGAAAAAACAACCCAAAUAGGGGUUGUUUCCUACCUUUGUUUCCAAGCAGGAAUGGAAGCAGCGGAAACCCAGGAAGAAACUGAUUGCGACCCACAGCAGUGGAGAUAACCAUGGGGAACAAAUUCUGUGCCCUCGACUGUUGACCAAGAGACCACAGCCAAGAAACAAGCAAAUCAGUAGAAAAAUUUUCAGUCCAUGAGCAACAUAUCAAUUGUUAACCUCGCAAGGAGCAGCGGGUGGUUGCAGCAAGGCUCUAGCGGUAAAGCUCUAGGCAAUAACCAAGUUGGAAAAUCUGCACGCCACCAGUUGUUCGAUUGCAGGAAUCAACAAGUCGACAUGCAACCAGCAUAAAAGCAGCGAAAAAAUAAAUAAAUUAACAGCAAAUCAGCAGCCGAAGCAGGCCUUUCAAUCUCCAGAUGAGAGAAGUAAACAGCAGCAAUCGGUUUCCUCAAGUAGAGAGUCCAGCGAGACCACAACAGCAACAUCUGAUGCAGAAAAACCUAGCAGUAGGUCUGAGGUCACAAUAAACUUCCUCAAUCGAUCAGUAAAAUCAGAGGGGGAGAUAUAGCAGCAGUAAAACGAUGGAUGAGACAAACACAAACAAUAGCAUAAUUGAUUUCAAUGAUGAACAGUACCAGAUUUUUUUUUUCCUAGCAACAAUAAUCAAACACAGAUUAUUCUAUUUAUUUAUUUUCUUCUUCUUAUUCAUGGCUCUGAUACUAUGUAACAAAAUCAAAGAGUUGUGAUAAACCAUGACCAAUAGAGGAAGAAGAAGAGAUUGCUGAACCCACGAUAGAUUCCUUUAUUUGUAACUAAAUCAGUUGUAGUCUAAAUAGGAAACCUGCUCCAAACAGGAUACCAAAUAAUACUAAAGCAACCUAGUCUAACUAGGAAAGGAAACAACUAUACUAGGUUGGAACAAACCCCCAACUUGUGACUCAUAUCUCAACACAAGUGAAGCUUCUGCCAAACAGCAAUGCGGGGUGGAGUGCUUGCCUCUCUCUGGAUAAAAUAGUAACAGAGCAACGUCAUCAGUCUGGAAAGUCAGAAUAGUUGUCAAGGAGUCGCUUUCUCCUAGGCGUCCAGGCUCUUUCUUAGGGCAAGGAGACAACACGCCUUGUUGCACUUAAAUGUAAGGCUAGAUAGAAAACUACCCAACCCCAUUAGGAUCAUUAACAACCACAAUAGGUAAUGACACUAGGUCUGUGAUGCGGAUCCGGGUUCCAAAAGCUGGAAUCGGAUCGCUUAGGGCCCACAAUAGGGUAUUAACUCAAAGAUUCAGGAGUGAUGGCAGUUCUGUAAAUAAACUAAAGCUUAGGGGAAGUGGCAGUUUUGUAAUUACAUGAAAACUUAGAAGGGAGUGGCAGACUUGUAAUUAGACUGAACUUAAAACAUAAGCAAAGGGUAAAUAGGUUAGUUGAAAGGGUAGUUCAGGAAUUACAAAUAAAUUCUGGACAAAAAGAGAAUAAUUAGUAAAGGAAGGUCAAACCAGGGAAUUAGAUGCCAUAACAACCCACGAUUCAAGGAAGAGAUUGGAGUUGUCUUCAACCUCUGGUUGGAAACCAGAAGCGGAAAACCAGUUGCAGCUUCAACAAGGAGAACUUCCCUAGUGCUCUGUUGGAUCUCAUAGUUUAGGGCUAGGUUCCCAAGUCAAGCCUCUUGGUUGCAGCUAAGGGAUACCCAAAACAGUAAAGUAAGAGGGGAGAUCUGAUGUCUGAACUAUAACUGCCGGUAGAACCAAAACCAGAACUGGUUCUAGGUAGGGAAAACUCACCUGCGAGGAAGAUUAGGAGGCAACUACGCCAGGUUUGGGUCGCCCUAGAGGGUUUAAUCCGACCCUAAAAAUUUCAGUUCUAACCGAUCUUCCACUGGAGAGUUCAAACAAUUCCUUAGGGCUGGAGUACGACAGUUGCAGAACAGGGUAAGGAAUCAAACCAGAGAUAUUAAAGAGGAAGAAGAAGAAAUAAAAGGGAAGUAAGGGAAUGGAGGAGAAGAAAUUAGAAAAUUUCAGAGAGGGAGGAAUAGGGGAUCGGAAGCCAUGGUUCACACCCAAAAUCUUAACCAAGUUUUAAUUUUCCAAAAUAUGAAUUCUUCAUUAAGUUACAUCAAUAUAAAGACAAGCAAAGUGUAAAAAUGGAAGCUAAGUAAAUUGGAAACUACCCUAAAUAACAACUGAAAUAAAAUCUCCUACUAAACUUGACCACACCCUACACUAAUAAUUAAGGAAACAAAAAUCACUAAAUUACUCCCCAAAAUUUCCCACGUCUAAUUGCAUCAACUCUCCCGGUCUUAAAAGAACUCGACGGAGUGCUCCCAAGAUUCUCUUGUAAUUCAUUUGUCGAUGAGGUGGCACAUAUCUCAAAGCAGAUGAUGAGAAUAUAGCACCAUGAGGAGGGAGAGUAGGCUGAUGUGUCAUUGGAGCAGGAGUCAGUCGACGACGUGGCAUGUCUAAUAAUGCGUGUGCCAUCAUUAAAUAUGUAUGACCUCCUUGCUUCACCUUGAUAGUGUUCCGUGCACCAUUAUAGAGAAUACCUGUAUGUCGUUGUCAAGGUCGCCCUAGAAGAAUGUCGUAGUGCGCCAAUAGGGUGACCGAGCAAGAAACAUGGUAUUGCAAUGGCCCAAACUGUAGAUGUACUCGAACAAUUGCAGUGGCCUUUUCUCGAGCUGUGGGUCCAAAGCCUUGCACAUGAAUAUUCUUGAACAAUUGCUUUUGUGGAAGGUUAUGUGCUCGAACAAAUUCAGCAGGUAUGAAGUUUACUUCUGCCCCAGUAUCAACGACUAUAUGAAUAUCAGUAGGAUUAGAACCUUGCAGAAUAGUACCCUUUUGUCUGAAGAGAGGAGCCUUGUCAAUUAGUCUGUUUGAGAAGGAUGUAACACUAGCGGAAUGAACUUCUACAUCCUCAUCAUCAUCAUCAUCAAUAUCAUCUUCAUCGAGGGGAUAAUGAUAUAAACCAGGAUCAACAUUAUCACUUUUCUCUAUCGGUUGCUUCUCUGCUGCAUUCAUGGAACCAGUCCUAUUGGGACACUUGUUGAGGUAGUGACCCUUCUCGCCACAACUAUGGCCUUGUUCGUCACCCAAUCACUAUCCUUGUUGAACCUUGACCUCUUUUCUUCAACUCUGCGAGCUUCAGACUUCUUUUCCUCCAUACGUGGUGGUCUAUAAACUGGAGGACUCUUGAGGAUACUUUUCCAGUAAAUGGGCUUCUCUUCAGCUGUCUUGGCAUGAGUUGCUGCCACAUUAACGGACCUGAAAUCAGUGUUAGCCAAUUCGAGUCGGAUCGCAGUACUUAGCCCACUGGUAUAUCGCAUCACCUAUUGCUGGUUUGUUUUCUGAAGUCGACACUUUGAAGAUAGUUUGUGGAAUUCGAGGGUGUAGGUAUCCACAUCCUUGUUGCCUUGUUGCCUUGUUGCAAAUUAAAUAAUUUAUGGAACAUCUCCUUCUCAUAAUUAAGAGGAACAAAUUUCUUAGUCAGGAUUUGCUUCAUGACUUCCCAAUUGGUAACGGGUUCAAGUCUUCUGAUAAACCUUGCAUAUGCAGUACAUCAUCCCAGCAUGAACAUGCAUACCCAUUAAACUUAGUGAGGAUGAGUUUACCGCUCUUCUCGUCCGGAAGAGAUUUAUAAGCAAAAGUACUCUCCACUUUGGUAAGCCAGUUAAUGAAUUCUUUAGGUCCUUUUUCACCAUUGAACUCUGGAACUUUAACUUUGAUGUCAUAAUCCCUAUCAGAAAAUUUUCGGGUAACAUCCUGGGGGACAAUGAGAUUAAGUUGCUACCUAUGAGGUGUAUCUUUGAUCCGUAAGGUAUUGAACUGAGGAGGUAGUGUAGAGGAUCCUUCUUCAGCUCGUUUGUCGGACCUUUUCAUAAAAGCAGUCAUCUCUUCCAUAAACUUAUCAAAGGACUGAAGCCUAACAUCAGUAAUCUGUUGAUUCUCACGCAGUACCCAUUGACCCUCAGCUAAUUCACGAUACAAUUUUUGUAGCUCAUCAUUUGUGACAUGACCUGCCAUGGUCAGGAAAUUUGCUCUGAUACCACUUGAUGGAGGGUCGGUAGAGAAAGAGAAGAAAUUUUUAAGAGAACUCAGAGUUGCAGGGGAGAAGAGGACAAUCACACAAAGGUGGGAGGAAUAAGGUCACCUAACCAAUUAAAACAACCAAGGUUUCAACCAAAUAUUUAAUUCAUCAGUCAAAAUCUGUCUAAUAACUUGGGUCACAUGCCUUUAUAUAAUAAACUGAAAUGAAAACUUGCUUAAUUAAAAUCUAAAACUGAAUUAGCAACUACUAAAUACUUCCUCAAGUCUUACUAAUAAAAUUAGAAACGAAAUAAACUCAAAUUAGUAACUCCCUAAUUGACUAACAACUACCCAAAAUAAAAGUUUACAUAUCUUCCCAAAUAAAAUGACCCAAUAUUGCCCAUGUGGGCUUUUGAAUUUUAUGUUGUUGGGCUUCUGGCUCCUUUUAAUUAUGCCCAUGUGGAUUUUGUGUUGUAUUAGACAUGUCAUUUGUGACAUGUCUUCCACUCCUCAAGCCCAUUGGGCCUUGGAUGCUGUCCUUUUGGACAUUGGUUACCCUUAUAGAGUUUGUAAUCUCCCUUGGGGGAUAUAUUCUCCCUCCCCCUUCUUUUAUUGCAUUUAUUAAUUCACCACACAAAAAACAAAAAAAAAAAAAAAGAAAAAAAGA